UGUGAAAUCUCUUGGCUGCGAGACCUUUUUUUAGUCCUCUCUUGACAAUAAAGCCCUAAACCGGUGUGAGUGGACUUGAAGCGGAGAGAGCUCUAAACCCUAACCCUGUUAGGUUCUUUGGUCUGAUUCAAUAUGAGUCGUCCAAUGGAAGAGGAUGCCACUGCCAAGACAGAAGAAGAGGAAUUCAGCACCGGACCUCUUUCUGUUCUGAUGAUGAGUGUUAAAAAUAACACACAGGUGCUUAUCAACUGCAGGAACAACAAAAAACUUCUGGGCCGUGUGAGAGCAUUCGAUCGGCACUGCAACAUGGUUCUGGAAAAUGUUAGAGAGAUGUGGACAGAGGUACCGAAGACUGGGAAAGGCAAGAAGAAAGCCCACCCAGUUAAUAAAGAUCGGUUCAUUAGCAAGAUGUUCCUCCGAGGAGAUUCUGUGAUUAUUGUCCUUAGAAACCCCAAGUGAGGUAUACGUGGCAGAGGUGUAAGAACAGAAUUUUGGAGCAGAACAGGGCUUUUAAAGCAAGCUUAGGAGUUGGUUACCUUUGGAGUCUCAAUUUCCGGCCUAAUGUAUUAGGGAUUGUACGUAGUACGUAAAUCAUGGUUGUUGUAGGACUAAAACUUUCUUUUUGUUUGUCAUUUCUACUGUUAUGUUUUUAUCAUGCAACUAACUAAUGGUUUUUCUUUUAAUUCCAACUUAUUGACUUUGUUGUUCUUGAUGUGCUUGGCCUACAAGCAUGAUUUCAAAUAUUCCCACUAGUGGGAUAAUUACAAGCAGUGAAAUUUGUCAA